AUGGCGACAGCUCAGCGCUCUCGUGUCUUCUUUGACAUUAAAAUCGGUGACGGCAAGCCUAACCGGGUUGCAUUUGAGCUGUUCAACGAUGUCGUCCCCAAGACCGCGGACAACUUCCGAGCUUUGUGUACCGGCGAGAAGGGCAUUGGCACCCAGGGCAAGGCAUUGACCUACAAAGGCACGUCUGCGAUACCCCGCUCCCAUAGCAUUGACACCCACUAA